UCUAAAUCUAUUAUAAUAACUUUUACUAAUUUAGUGUAUCGUUACAAGUAUUUAACCUAUUAUUUGCUCGUCAUUUAUUUGUAACCAUAUACCGAAGCAUCACGGUGUGAACCUCAAAAUGUGUCUUUUAAAAGGAGAUUUCAUUGAAAUACAUAUUUUAAAAUGUGCGAUGAAAGUUCGCGUCGGGAAAAACGCGAACCACAAAAAAUCGACGACGAGGAGUUUUACGCGGAUCCAUCGUUUAUCAUAAAAAAGAGUUUCUUUCGAUUGAUUAAAGGACAUCCCCGUGAGGAGUACGUUCCUUGGUGGCCCAAUUCUCAUCGAUGCCUGUAUCCAAAACCCAACUCUUAUUAUGCAUUCCACGAGGAUACCAAUCCUUUUACAAGAUUCUCCGCGAAAUGCGAAUCUAGAAGAUAUGGGAACGUUCAACCACACUUCGAACCUCCCAAAGAACCUUACACAAUUCGUGACCCUUAUUCCGAGAAUGAAGCGAAAAGGAAGUAUCUUGGAAGUACACCAACAUCUUUCGUUAUUUUGGGAAAGCCUGAUCUAAACACUACGAAGCUAGCAACCAUGAUUGCAAAUUCUUGGCACUGCAUCUUGAUUUCCCCAAUGGUGCUCAUAAAGGAUGAGAUCGAAAAAAGUACCGAGACGGGUAAAAUUUUGGCUGAUAUUUUAAAGACAGGCGAACGCUUAGGUCCACAGAUUGUUAUGAGUUUAAUAGCGAACAGACUAAAUAAAAGAGAUGUGUUUCACAGAGGUUAUGUCGUGGAAGGUGUACCGCUAAUUCCAAACGAAAUAUUAGAUUAUUCCUCUUAUUCGAGAUCCUCGAACGAACAAUCUAACGUGGAAAAUACUUUUCAGAAACUUACGAAACUCUAUGAGCCUUCGUUUCAAAAAAUAUGCAGCACGAUGGCUGAGUUUCCAAUUUUCUCUGAUCAAGAAUUUAAGAAUAAAAAGUGCCAAGUUAAACCCAAGUACGAGGAUUUUAUCGUCAAUCAAAUCGAAGAUAUUUUUACGACGUGGCCUAUAAAGCCAUCGAUAAUUAUCUAUGCAAUGUGUCCGGAUGCAGACGUCGUGAUAAAACGCGAACAUUUUCGUAUAGAUCCAAGUACAGAUCGCAUCGUAGACACGAGCCUCCUUGGAAUGAGCAGAAACAUUGAAACAUUGUUCUCUCGUAACAAAGAGGUAAACGACAUGAACAUUUCUUUUGAAUUGUAUCAAGAACUUAUGAACGAGGAACGAAUAUUAGACGAACACCAAAAAAAGUAUCUAUUGAAACGAAUCUCCGAUACGAAAUCGAACGUGGAAGUACAGUGCAAGCUAUACAAGCGUUUUGCAUUACCUGUUAUCGAAAAAUUGAUUCUAUUUCACAAUCCGCAAAAUGUAAUUCGUGUUGACGGUCGUACGCCUGCGUCGCGAAUGUUUCAAAUCAUUGUCACUCGUUUGCGUAUGUUACCACUUCCACGAGUUAUUCUUCCACGAAAAUACACGAAUCGUAUAGGGUUCGAGGGUGAAUCCCCAGAGGAUGAACUUCUGGAAGAGUUUGAAGGCAAAUCGAACGAAGAAGCAUUCCAAGAUCUGGCCAACAAGGAGACCAUUUCACCUCUCUAUCCUUGGCAACUAUCACCUUGGAGGUUUCUGUGUCCAGUGGAACUAACCAGAGGAACAACCACAGAAGGAACACCAAAGCAUGCCGUUAGGUUUAUGAACAAUGUUUUCUUCCUCUCGUCACCAGAGGCAGCUGAUUUGUUUAUUGAAAAUCCUAGAACCUUCCUGUUUCCUUUUUCUCCUCGACCAACUUGCAAAAUUGCGGUGUUCGGUCCAAAGUAUUCUGGAAAAUCUGAACUGUCGGGGAAACUGGCGCAUAUGUUUCGAGGCACGAUAAUAAACGUAAACGAAAUUGUGAAGCCUCUCGUGAACGUUGAUUCUGAUAUCUCUAUUUAUUCGCCUGAUGAUGUAUUGUUGGAAGAGAAGACUGAUACUAUCGUGAAAAGUAUACAAGAUGUGCCAAAGGAAGAAGUAGACAUAGAAAUAUGGAGAGACGGGGGUUACAUCGUGGAUGGCAUGUAUCCUAACGUUGAGAGCUGGAAAAGGAUUGUGGAAGAUUCAAAGAUUAUCUUUGAAGAUGUUGUUCUUUUAUUUGACGAGGAUCCGUACGAAUAUCUGUUGACCAAAUGGCACAAUAUUCAUGAUAUGAAAGAAUACAUAGAAUUAAAAGGAGAAUAUAAUGAAUACUUGGAAGAUACUAUCAGCGAAAGCAAAGGCGAUGAAUAUGAUGAUGAUGACGAAGAAGCAGAAGAAUCGCAAGGACUGAUAGAUUAUCUUAGGCAUAUUCGACAAUUUGAGAUAGAUUGGGAAAAUGUGAGAGAAACAGUGACGAAUACUUGUCAAAAUUUGAUCCUUUGUAAUCUUAAAACGAUCAGUAAUGUAUCGGAUUACGUUAUCAAGCGUAUUAAAAAUCGUUACAUGGAUAAAGCGAGAAUCAUGACCGACGAGGAAAAGGAAAGAGAAAAAGAUCUUGCGGAAUACAUCGCACUGACUGAUACAGAAGAUCUGGAUGAAGAAGAGGAGCUAGAAGGCGAAAAGACCACGGAAUUAGACGUUAAAGAGGAUACUCGUCGUUUGGGUGACACUGGUUACUACUGUCCAGUGGCACUGUUACGAUACAAUGUUUUUCGAAGAGGUAAAGAAGAGUUUAGCGCAAUUUUUAUGAAUAAAAUAUAUCUUCUCUCUAGUGCCGCAGCUCUCGAAGAAUUUCUCCGUGGUCCACAAGAAUUAAAUCUCCCAUUUCGAAAACCCUUACCUCAAAUUCCCCCGUUUCGCGUUAGUAUCAUUGGUCCAUUAGGAAGCGGUAAAAGUAUACUAUCUGGGAACAUAGCUCGAGAGUACGGUUUGGCUCACAUCGAUCACUGCGAUGCUUUCACCGAUUACAUGAAAAAUCGAGGAAUGCCAGCAAUUUCUGACAGAGACAUCAUCAUUUCGCCAGAAAAUCUUUUGGAAAAAGUGGAAUUGCCCGAAGACCUGGAUGACGAUAGAUACAACUGCGAUGCUGCAACGAUGCAGACGUUCGUUCAACGCUACUGGAGAACAGGGGGUACUUUGUCAAAAAAAAUGCUUCAGGAAUGUGUGUUAAUAUUUUUCGAGGGACUUUACAACGAAUGCGGUGUAGUCCUCGAUCACUUUCCGAGCUGCCCGCAAAACGUACAAGACGCGUUAAAAAAUUGCACGAUUCCUGAAAUAGUCAUAGAUCUUCGUUGCGGAAAAGACACGGUGAUUAAAAGAACGCUGCCUACGUUACUCGCGGACUGGAAAGAUAGACUGGAAGAGAAGCAACGUAUUGAAGAUGAACGAUAUGAAAAAGAACUAGAGGCUUACAUAGAAAAACAAGAAACUUGGAUUGAUAAAAUGCUGGAUGAAAUGCUCGAUCAACAUGAGGCAGAAGAGGAGUCCUCGAUGGACGAUAAUUUCGAAUCGGAGGCAACAGUAUUAAAUAGAGAAGAACUCGAAGAAAUUUGGCUUCGAGAACAUCCUGAGCCUGUACUCUUCACCGACUGGGAAGACUUCGAGGAGGUCAAGCAGAGAAUCGAGCAUGAUUUUGAAGAAAUGUACGAAGACGAAUUUCAAAAACUAAACGCUACGCAAAUUGAGUUAGAAAACGAAUCGAUACCGUAUGUAAGUGUGAGCGCAGAAGGAAACGAAGAACAAGUUCUUUCGCAAGUCUUGCAAAUUCUCGAUCCUCUUUUUUAUCGAGACCUUUCUUUCAUAGAAAAAACGUAUACUAUCGAUCUCGAGACAGCCGAAACUCUUCUAGAUUGCGGCUACUAUCUUCCAAGCUCCUUUGGUUGCUGGUGCCCCGUCCAAUUACACGAAAAUAAGAUCCCGUUGCAAAUGUUUCUACCGCUGGAAGCUCAACAAGAAGUUUAUCCCGUAAUAUACCGGCAAUUCGUUUAUUUUCUUGGCGGUAAAGAAGCUCAUUCAGCGUUUUCAAGAAACCCGCUCAAGUACCUCGAACAAGACUCUUGCGCGCCUGUUGUUCCAUUUCGGCUGUCCAUUAUUGGCCCUCCAAAGUGUGGAAAAACCACUCUGGCGCGUCGAUUUGCAAACACGUAUGGCUUAAAAAUAAUAACUCGUGGCACGGCUAUGCGUCACCUCGUUAAAUAUUUUUCCUGGACUGAUUCAGCGCGAUUCAUGGAAUCUCGUCUUCGAGCUGGUCACAUUGCUCCUGAGGAGACAGUAUCACGCUCUGUCGAGAUGUAUUCCAUUGAUCCUGCUUCGAUUUCUCAGGGUUUCGUGCUAGAUGGUUUUCCUACGACCCGUGCAGAAUACGAGCAAUUAACCUUUCUAGGUAUACAGCCAAUGAUCGUACUCGAUCUUAAAGCGGAUCUGUCGUUUUGUCUGGAGUGCUUGUCUUAUGAAGCGGAUCGGACGACAAAGCCGAUGAAUUUCUCAAACAGUUUCUUGAAGCAUCGUUACCUGAACUGGGAGAUCGAUCAAGGAAACUUCCGUGAAUGGCUGAAGAAAUUUAUUCAAAACGUGAUCGAAAUUGACGCGACUAAAAGCACGUGGUACGUGUGGACGCGAGCCGAACAAGAAGUUUGCUCCAGAUACAUACAUGUCAGAACAUACUUUCGCGAAAGCGAUUACGACAAAGUCCAUGCUUUAAAAUUUAUGAGCGUUUCACCGUACGAGUUUAAAAUACGUCAAAGCGGAUUCGAAUCGUAUUGUCCUCUUUGCUUGUAUCAGGAAAACUCUUUGAGAACUACAGGACCUCCGGCCGAUCAUCGAGGAAUGUUUCAGUACAGAGAACAUUUCUAUUGGAUCUGCCUGCGACACACGAACGAAUUCGUAAAAAAUCCACAAAAGCAUCUUCCACCUAUAAAUACUGCUCACCUCCCGGAAAACCGUCCGCGUAUUUUAACAGAGAUAGUUGACAUGGAACAUCCCUGUUGGGCAAGACGUUUGCAAGUCGGAGGAUUUUGUUUGGUGACGUACGUCGAGAAUUUACCUAAUCGUCGACUCGUACCUGGAAAUACGAAUCUUGGGGUUCUGUAUCAGGACAAUGUGUACCUGUUUUGUACCGAAGAAUGUCGCGAAAAGUUUCUAGCGCAAAACGAUAGGUACGCGAACGUGGACAUAAAGUUUUUGCAUACACUGCCGCCAAUCACUAUAAAACAAUUACCGACUCUUGGUUUUCUGAAGGAAUCAGUGGCAAAAUGGAUAGUCGAAGCUGUGAAUCAAGUCAGCGUAAAACGACCAAAAAUACCAGGGUUAUCGUGUUCCGCCAGCGCUGCAAUUUACAUUGGUGUCUACUUAAAAACUCACAACCCCUCGGGAGCGAACGAAUUAAAGAUCUAUAGCGAGGUGAGAAGAAGAAUGAUCGGUUACGACAAUAUUAUUAGGGUAGCUACCCGUACGAUGAAGAAGAAACUGAAUCCUUUUGUACGUACACCUAUUUAUAAAGCUGGAACUUCCGAGCAAGUUACAAUAAGCCAAGAAGUGUCGAUAACGUCCCAAGUAUACCCACGUAUCUCAAAUUCAAUUAUGUUCCGUCGAACAUCCCCAACGCAGAUUUUAACAGAGCCCACUUAUGAAUCGGAUGAUUGAAUCUAGAAUUUGUACUCAUCCCUGACUGUAUCUCAGUGCAAUAAACGAUUGAUAAACCAUUACAUAAAUGUGUGAUUAUUUUUUGUUCUCUGCACACUAUCUUUAUCGUUGUGCAAUAUUCUUUUCGCUCGAAAUCUAACUAAUUUUUGUU